AUGUCUUUGAAAUUUACUUUCAAUCCACCGAAAGGCGUCAGGUUUGUUCGUUGGCAGAAAAUCACAUUUACCGCCUCAAAGCCAUUUAUUCAUUUCUGCUUGCAUGAUACUCACGAUAAACUUGAAAAUAAACCAAUUUUACGUUCUCGCUCGUUUGCUGACUGGCACGCAUAUUUACAAGCACUGCAUAAGAAAGGAAUAUAUUCCGAGCUCUUUAAUGCUCACAAACUCCCUAUUAAAGGUCCACCAAUUGUUGAUUUUAGCCAAAUUCUCGAUAAUAUUAGCGAAGGAUACUAUACUGAUGUUGAGCAAGUCAAAGAAGACAUUGACAAAUGCUUAAUAUCAAUAAACGAAAAAAUCGUAACAAGUGAUAAUCUAAAUUCGUCAAUAGUUAACAAUUACAGAGAUGCUGCAUAUUAUGCCAAGCUAGAUAUAGAUCAGUCAUACAAUUCAAGUAAAGAAUCUCGGAAUUUACCGUCAGCUCGUUUAAUUAAAUCACUAGAAGAGUUCAAGUCAUUAGAAUCACCAAGAAUUAACGAUCACAAAGGAACAGAAUUUAACAUCGAUAAAUUUGCAGAAUUUUUGAAUCAUAAAUCUCCAACAGAUAAAUUAAAAAUUGAAUGGAUCAUCAGAAUGAAAUCACCACGCGUCAAUUUCGCAACAAGAGAAAUAGAUCUCAACGAUUUACCUUUAGAUACGAUCCGUACUCUAGCAGAUUAUUUCCAAUACAAAAUGUAA